CUCUCCACUUUCCUAUUUUUAUAAAAGAUUCGAUAGUUCUUUUUCUCGAUAAAGCAAUAACGAGAAACUAAAAAUGGCAAAGAAGUUGCUUCUGCUUCUUUUACUUAUUAUUUUAAACCUACAUGCGUGUUCUGGCUCUGUCGUCAACUCUCUUCCUGGUUUUGAAGGUCCUCUCCCUUUCGAGCUUGAGACCGGGUAUAUUGGUGUCGGUGAAGAAGAGCAUUUGCAAUUGUUUUACUACUUCAUUAAAUCUGAGAAGAAUCCAAAAGAAGAUCCUCUUCUUCUCUGGUUAACUGGAGGACCUGGCUGUUCUUCUCUCACUGGUCUCCUUUUUGAGAACGGGCCAGUGACAUUUAAUGUUAGUGAUUUCUUGUUAAAUGGAGGUAGUAUACCCGCCUUGCUUCCUACAACAUAUUCAUGGACAAAGGUGGCAAACAUAAUUUUCUUGGACCAGCCUGUUGGUACGGGCUUCUCCUAUGCAACAACUCAACUCCUUGAUACACCUAGUGACUCAGGAGAAGCUAAGCAUAUCCAUCAAUUUAUUCGCAAGUGGUUAAGUAAGCAUAGAGAGUUUAUCUCGAAUCCUUUUUAUGUCACUGGAGAUUCAUAUUCUGGUAAGAUUAUUCCGGCCACCGUUCAAGAAAUCUCCAAUGGAAAUGAUCUUGGGUUUAAACCUCAAAUAAAUCUUAAGGGUUAUGUGCUAGGCAACCCUGUAACAGAUACUGAGUUUGAUGCAAACCAACGCAUUCCAUUUGCUCAUGGGAUGGCAGUAAUUUCUGAUGAACUCUUCCAGUCGUUGAAGAGAAGUUGCAGAGGAAGUUAUGAAACUAUUGAUCCACAUAACACAGAGUGCUUGAAAUAUUAUUACCAGUUCAUAGAGUGUAUUUCUAGAAUAAAUUUUGCUAAUAUACUAGUACCACGGUGCGAAGAAGCGUCGUCGUUCCAAAGAGGAGUAAUUAUCCUUGGAAACGAUUCGGCUGCAGACGAAUGCUAUGUAUAUAAAGAUUUAUUAUCUUCCCUCUGGGCCAAUAACGAGAGUGUGCGUAAAGCGCUUCAUGUUGUUAAGGGAAGCAUAGAAAAAUGGGUACGUUGUUCGGGUGAACCUUACAAUAUCGACAUCAAAAGCAGCAUACCAUACCAUAUUAAUAAUAGCAUCAAAGGAUACAGAUCUCUCAUCUUCAGUGGUGAUCACGACUUGUUGGUGCCUUUUGUUUCAACUCAAGCGUGGAUAAGAUCUCUUGGUUAUUCCAUUAUUGAUAACUGGAGGCCAUGGAUGAUACACAAUCAAAUUGCUGGAUACACUAAGACUUAUGCCAAUAACAUGACAUAUGCUACUGUCAAAGGAGGUGGGCAUACGGUAGAGUUUAAACCAAAUGAAAGCUUUCUCAUGUUUCAGAGGUGGAUUAGUGGUCAACCUCUCUAA